AUGCCUAGUUGUGUCUGUGCCUUGAGGCUGAGGCCGAUGCUGCGGCGGGUGCGGUGGCCCACGAAGGGCGCUCGGGGCAGGCGCGUCUCUGCCUACGCGGCGCUGCUCAGCUGCCUGCUCCUGCUGCUCUGGCUGCUCUGCUGCUUCCUUUCCGCCGCGCCAGUGGACGGCGGCGAGGAUGCGGUGGCGCCGCCGCGGGCACCAGGCGGGGUCUUUGCCCGCGCACCUGGAGGCGGCGUGAACGAGGCCCGGCGGUGGGAGACGCCGCGCGGCGGUGCGUCGGAGGGUGGCUUGCUUGCUGGCGGUGGGCAGGCGCCGGCGGUGUGUCAAGCCUCCGUUUGCCGCUUCUGCGACGAGAUGCGACUGAACAACGCGGCGAGCGUCCUCCACCCCGCGGUGCUGGAGUACCUCCGCCGCCACGUCCUCAUUGGGGUUGUCACCGGCGCUUAUGAGAGGUUCUUCCGCGUCGACGUGGGCCUCUGCACGUGGCUGGGGCACGUGCCUGCGGCGAGCCUCUUCGUCUUUACCGACGCCGCAAACACCUCCGCAGGGCGGCACGGCACGUGGGUCGAAAGCGACACCGCCCCGGCCCCGCAGCGGGGGCGGCGCGGGUUGCUGCGGCGCACCGGGUACUCAGUGGGGUGGCUGCGGGCGCAGCACCGCUUCUUUCACGCGAUUGGGCACCUUGCAGGACUCGCCGGCGGCGCGGCGCACCGCGAGGUGCGGUGGGCGAUUGUCAUGGACGACGACUCGGUUCUCGACCUCCACGCGCUGGUGCGCUUUCUGCACCGGCAGGACUUGCACAACGUGGCCGGCGUCGCCGCAGCCGUGCGCGACGCGGGGGGGGCUUCGCUGCUGCAGGAGCGUUGCAACCGACGCGCCGACUCCCAAGCAGACGACGUGGCCGCGUGCCUGUCGCUGCCGGAAAGAUGGAACCGCCUGCUGCAACAGCAAGGGCCGAUUCAUGAAGAGGAUUUCUUGCGGCCCGGGGGCGCGGCGCUGCAGGUUGGAAGUGCGUCUUGGAAUGCCACGACACACGCGCUCCUUGACCCCGCGACGAUCGCCGCGCUCACCCCGCAGUACCUUGGAGACCGCGGCUGGGGCGGCGCCGGCCACUUCAUGAACCUCGCGGCCCUGCGCAGCUACGCACAGAAGGGCGAGGAGACGUGUGUGCGGAGGUUCCUGAUAGGCGGGCAGCUGCCGAGCGACGCCGCGCUCUACCGCUGCAUCCCCCUCCUGGGAAUCCAGCGCCGCAGGGACGCCGCGCUCUCGCACUGCCAGGCCCGCUACCUGCGACACCGCCUGCUAGAUGGCGAGCUAGUCAGCAUGCACGCAAAGCGAGACAUGGUGCCGCCCAAGUACCUCGCCCUGUGGCGGAUGGGGCUCUACUACCAGGUGCUCUACCACCACAACCGCACCGCCUACGACCUGCUGAUGCGUGUGGGGGCAUGCGCGUACGGCUACUCGUGCAAGUUGCGCGGCUGCGGUGUCGACGAGGACGCAGCGGCCCUGAGCGAGUUCGCCCGCCUGAGUGGCAAUGCCACCCGCAUGCCGCCGUUGUAG